AUGACAUCUCAAUUCAGGAAGAUGAUGCUUGAUAACAAAAAACCCAUAGCUAAAUCAAAUUCAACAUAUCGAUACUUUCCUCCUCUAAUACCUUUCCAAUCCCAAUAUGCAUCUCCUAAUUCAGAUGAUAAUAAGGAUAAAGAAGAAUUUAGUCAGCCUGAAAUAUACGAUAAACUAUUACCAAAGCUUUUACUGGCAAUGCAUAAAAUGUGUCAAUCUCAUAUAGUCCAAGAAAAAGAAUCAAAAUCAGAUGAAUGGUUUUCGUCAUUGCAAUACUUGCAUUGUAAUAUAAAUGAUCUAUUGAUCACUAAUUCCUUUUUAGAUAGCGCAAGUGAAUUUGAGGGAGUAAAUGAUGCAACAAUUAACACCCUGGGGUGGAAAGCUGAUAAGCCUUCUGACUUUGCUGUAAAGGGCAAUUCCAAACAUAUAUCUGAAUCAUUAGGAUGGUAUACAGAUAUGCCAAUUAGUGUAAAGGACAAAGAUAGUAAGAUUGUUACGUCUACUGGAAAUUUUGCUCAUAUUAAUAAUGGUGAAUCUGAGCCAAUGCUAUGCAUAGGUAUAACAUGGAUUCGAAAGGUUCAUGGUGUUCUUGACUCUAGUAAAAACCAAUUUCAAAUGAAGUUACAUGAGAAGAUUUACACUAUCCUUACUUUUAGUAAGCCUCCAGGG